CUAGAAUCUACUAAUUCUGCACCUAGGACUCGAGCAAGUCGUCGGAGUGGACAUACACGGCAGCGUCUACGCGCGGCAACCAGCAGCCCUUCUGCUCGUCAAGACCCUACUACAUACCGCACCCCAGUCUCCACGCGCCAUGUCACAGAUUCACCAGGUGCUGCAGCGGGCGGAGGCCACGAUGAUAUCCAAAACGAGGAGCGCAAUGGGCUGGAGAUAGCUGCCGCUGCCUUGGGCACAUCGGAACGUGCUGGAAAUGUUCCUUUCUACACGGGUUACCAAACUGGGCCAAUAUCCACCUUAUCCCUCGUUUCCACGGGCGGACCUUUACCACAGCACCUCCUCAUUCCCUCCUCCGUGUCCAACCCCCUUUGCGAGGAUGAUCGAAGCUACCUCGCAAAGAAAGGCGUCUUCAGCCUCCCGAGCCAUGAGGCCUGCAAGGUCCUGCUCCAGGCAUAUUUCCAGCAUGUGCACACCGUUAUGCCGGUCAUCGAGGCGGAUAAGAUUCUUGAAUACUUUUAUGCGGGACGACUCCGCGAGUACAAGUUGCUGCUGGUGUGGAGCAUGUUCUUUGUGGCAGUGAAUUUUGUCCCGUCCAGCAUCUGUGAGCGAGAAGGAUAUACAUCGCGAAAAGCAAUGAAGGCCGCCAUGUACACCCACGCGAAAUGCCUUUACAACAAUAGCGGAGAACGCGACAAGAUCGUGCUCUUACAAGCCUCUUUGCUACUCGGGUUCUGGCACUCUGAAGUCGAUGAGCAUGGGCAACCGUGGUACUGGACCGGCGUCGCGAUCAGUCUUGGUCAGAUUCUUGGUCUGUACCGCAAUCCCGACGCUGCACGGUACAACGCAGCCAUCACAGACCGACAACGGCAGCUUUGGCGCCGCUUGUGGUGGACUUGCUUCCUUCGCGACCGCUGGUUGAGUCUCACCCUGGGACGACCACUGCGCAUUGAUCUUGGUGACUGCGAUGUACCCCCGCCGUCUGUGGCAGAUAUGCUCUACGAUUUCCAAGAUGUGCCGGUGUUGGUUUCCGCUGGUUUUAUGCCGGACGAUCUGCCUCUGCUGGCUGGAUACUGGAUUCGCUUGAUUGACCUCACAAAGCUACUCGGGUCUGCUCUGAGCAUAAACUAUAAGGCGUGCACCCCAAAAGCUUUGCCUGACCAGGUUGACGCUCUUGAGGCGGAGAUUAUACGGCUCAAGCCAGAUCAAGUUCAGCCGGGCAGUAGUCGUGGCGCUACAUUCUACCUGCAUCAUCUGCAAUUACACUACGAAGCACUCCUCAUCACACUAUACCGACCCUACCUGACCGAUCUCUCGGACGACCUCUCCCCUGCCCAGAUACACUGGCGAAGGCGUAUCUGGCGUGAAGCCGAUGCGGCUGCAUCGCGAACCAACGAAAUCCUCGAGAGUCUAGCGCGGGAGAAUAUCCUCGACCAUGCCCUGCCCAUGACCCCACCACUCCUCAUCCCCGCAAUGCAAGUCCACCUUCUGCGGUGCCGGUCCGGCAACGCCCUAUCUAAGCACCUGCGCCUCAACAAGCUCAACGCAUGCAUGAUGGUCAUGGAGGAGUUUCAAAAAGUCUACAUCGUGGCGUCGAUCUACCGCGCCAUCUUCGCCAAGGCUAUCCAGAUGGUCUGUCCCGAGACGCGGAAACGGGAUGCGAGCCAGGCCCCGGGUACAACGGGGCUCGGAGACCCUGUUACCCAGCAGCAGCCCCUGGAGGGGCAGCAUGCUGCUGCACCUCCCUUUCCGGGACCCGAUUUGCCGGAUAUGGUGGAUGCCCUCAUGGACGAGUCGCUUCCGUUUAACUUUUGGGAGGCGUGGAAUGAUAUUGACGGCUUUGGCUCGGUAUAUCCUGACGCUCAUGUUGCGCAGGGGCUUUGA